UCGAGAUAAGUCAAAUUUGCUAGCAUAAAAUACAUAGUUUUCUAUAGUUUCGUGUAUUUGAAUUUUGUAUAAUGUUCAACCCCAAUUACAGUCGAAGACCCACAAAUAUUAGCCUUGAGGAGGCUACGAAAUUCAUCUACCAAUACCCUUCGCUGCCGACUCCUCUGAUCGAUUAUGACUUCAUCUAUGAUCUGGUCUGCAAGAAACCCAGGGAUGUGAGUCUCCCUUUGGUCCUCGAAGUAGAGACAGAGCCAAAGUCCAAGGACAGUGCUCCUGAGAAGCCAAGGAAGGUACCGAGGCUCUCUUACCAUUCGCGGUCGAGCUCGAUGAGUGAGGAGGAGGCGGAACCGGAAGAGGAGACAAGAUAUAAAUGGAACUCACCCCGUCUGAUGAUCCUCUGCGAGGAUGGAGAUAUCAACUGCGCCAUGCACUACCUCAUUGAGUCCCUUCACGAUCCUUUCGCCUGCAAUGCGGUGGCCACUCUUUUCUUGCAGGAAUCCAUCCUGGAGGAAUUUGUGGAUCGAAUGAAGGAUCGCUUGGAGCCCCUCAGUACUGAUAUCACCGGCCAUCCUGUUUAUAUUAAGACACUGGAAAGACUGGAGAAACUGCAGGCUAAGACCAUUGUGGGGAAUCCCAAGACAGUUCCGUCAAAUGCUACUCCUGUACUGGUCUACGAUCUUUGCCAUCGCUACCUGGCCGAUGGUCCUACGGGGGUCAUAACAAUCCACACCUUUCGAACCAUGAAGGAGGCCAUUGAGCUGCAGGCCAAGGAGCCACUCGCCUUCACCUCCGUCUGUAUUUGGAACGAGAAACUGGGAGCCGCCUACGAACUGGUGGCCCGGUUGAGUCCCCUAAUCUUCCUGCUGAACUGCUUCUUCGUGGAUCUGAAUCAGAUGAGUCUGCCUUUCGUAUGCAACUUUAGUUCUGUAAAAAUAAUCGAUGGCUACCACUACGAGUCGCUGACCUUCAAGGGAAACCGAAAGAUCGUCGUGUAUCCCGUUGGCACCAUCUGGGCGAAACUGGCCCGCGAGGCCCACCACUUCUGAUCUCUCCCAUUGGGAGACGCACUUAAAUUCAAACCCUUUGGUUGGCAGCUAAUUUAAAUUACUAGUCAUUGAUCUGGGGGGCACGGACUAAUUGACUUUCCGGCCGGGCAACUCAAUUACCAAUUUAAUUGCUCAAACAAGUCGGCCCAUCCCAGGGGCGUUGGUUUAUCGUUUUCUGGGGAAACUCAACAGGCCUUUUCCCCCGGGAUAAUCAAUGGAAAUUUUGAGUGACUUGUAUUGUAAAAUUAAAAAUUCCUUCUGCGAAGUAAUUCACCUAA